AUGGAUGUGGAUAUUGAGGUAAAAUUAGAGAAUGGUAAGAAUGCUGUAAAGAAAGAAUUUGAAAGUUGCAAUAGUUGUUUAGAAUAUGAAGAUAAAUUUAAGAAAUUGAAAGAAAAAUGUACUACCUUGGAAUUAGAUAUGGAGAAGAAAAAUAAAGCACUUAAAUUUCUGGAGGCUAAGCUCAGUUUUUCGGAACUUCAUAAGCUUGCAAUUGAGGAAGAGGCUAGGAUAUUAGAGGAGAGGAAUAAAGAGCUUGAAAGGAUAAUUGGGAAUGGUGAAAAAGCGAUAGACGAAGUAGUUGAUUUGACUGAGAAGGACGGGGAAGAUAAGGUCACACAAUUGUUGAUUGAGAAUAGGGUUUUGGAUUGUGAGAAAAUGAAGUCUGAAAGCGAGGUAAAGAUCUGGGAGGCUAAAUAUAAAGAACUAGAGCUGUUGGUGAUGGAGUUGCAUGGAAGAAUGUCUACUGGAAUGGUAAAAGGGGGAUUGCUUUUGCCCGAAAUAGAUUCGGAUAAGCUGAGUGAAUUGGUUAUAAAGAAAGAUGGAAUUGAUGGUGGAGCCAGGUCCACACCUUUGCAAACCAGAACAAAAGAUAAAGCAAAUGAGCUUCAUCAUGUGUCAGUUAGAACACCAUGUAAGGAGUUGACACAUGCUGAAGAAGAGGAACGAGGCAUUCCUUGUGACUCAAAACUGAAAAAUGGUAGCCAAGUUAGAAAGCGUCUUGGCUUUGCCGAAGAGAGCCCAAGUAAGAAGAUGGCUCCCUUAACACCAGGGGGUUCUAGGCGUCCUAUUGGUCCUAUUGAUAUCAGUGACAGCGACGACGAUCCAAACCCCAACCAGCUUCAAGGAAGAGAAAAGGUUUGUGGUUCAUUUGAUGGUGGAUCAAGGGUUACUGUAGAUAAAAAAGAGUUUCCCUCAAAAGAUAGACAUUCGAGGAUUCUUGAAUACAGUAGUGAUGAAGAGGUCCUACUUACUUCAACUGCUAAGAGAAAAAGAGCUUCUAAUAUUGUUACCAGCGAGAGUGAAAAUGAUGAUGAUGAUAAUAUUCCAAUUUGUAGACUAAAAAGUAAAUCCCUACAGGAACUUAAUCCAGAUUUCCAUGUGAACAGAUACUCUGUGAAAGAUACCAAUUCCAGGGACAAAUUCAGAAAACCUGUGACACGACGACACUUAGUGAGGCUGGGAAAAAUUGAAGAGAAAGGUCGUUCUGGGAAAAGUAAAUUUAAAAGUGCAGAACCUACAAAUGAGACCUUUGAAGGUGAUGAAACGGAAGAGGAGGACACAGACAGUGAGGGUGAAAGCUUGGGUGGAUUUAUUGUUAAUGACUCUGAUAUUUCAGAGGGCAAUGCCACUACCAAUGGUAAUAACAUUUCUGAGGGUGAUGGCACUUGCUUUAGUGAGGACUCUUCUGGUGAUUUAGAAAAUGCAUCACAAGGUGGUGCCAGCUAUGAUGAAAUCAUAUCCGUUUUUCGGAGGGCGAGAAAACAUAAGAAGUGGGACUUCGAGGCAGAUAUGCUUGCUGAUUUUGGUAAGCAUCCUGAAGUGUGCAUGAAGGCAGUAUGUGCACUUUAUCGGCAACAAACAUCUGUAGAGAAAUCUAGUAAAUCAGCAAUAGUUCUCAAUGGACGAGGAUUUAGCCAGUGUGAUGCAUUCAAAGGCAGUGCCUUGGGGGAAUUUCUUACUGAUGGAGAUCUACAAGGCGAUGUGAAGAAAUCUGUGGAGGAGUUGCAAGAAUACAAUCCAAGGGGGGCUGAACUCUGCCGAAAACUGGCUACGCACUACUCCAAGCAGUUAUUUACAAUCUACAAGAAUGAAGAAGACCCGUUUUUCCGACCUCAAUAA